AUGACCUGCUAUUCAUUUAUAAGCAAGAUCUCAGAUGCUUAUAAUUCUUUGCAUCCCAAGGAAGUCGUCCUCGUUAACAAUGCAGGAGCUGCAGGACUAAUGGUUGAAGGAGAUGUUUCCAUUCUUAAAGAGAUAAUUCUGGCGGAUGUUCUAAAAGUUGCAGGUCAAUUAUUAUCCAACGAAUGGGCUGUAGAGGUGCUAAGCGACGGCGAAAGCCUGACAGAAGAGAGAGUGGAUAUGGUGGUAACUGAAUUUCUCAAGGACUUCAAGGAUGGCACUGCAGAAGCUAAAUAUAUAACCUGCAAUACAGGAUUUUUCACUGCUGCAGAAGGUGCUGAAGGUCCUGUAAAGCUUGCAUUAUUGCCUGACGGUGGCCCUUCUGGCUUGUUCUUCUUAACAACUUAUUGA